AUGAGUCAACCCGCUUCUGCAGGGGUCCGCCGUAACCCUCGGCGGUCGACCACACGAGCAACCAGCCGCCCGAGGAACCCGACCGGCCGUGUAACACGGAGCGCUACAAGACUGCCAUCUCCCUCAAGCGACUCCAGUGGCCUUGACGACGACAGCGAUGACUCAUCAGCCAACGAGGCACCUGCACCUCGACCACGUCGCACCUUGGGAAACCAGACGACGACUCGCCAGUCAGCACGCCUGCAGACUAUCGCCCACCACCGUCAGGGCUCACGAGCCUCUCAGCGCACUCGAGCCGCAGUUCCAGCAGUUCCACCGAGCUCCCGCCCCCGUCGCGCCCAACCCAGCCCACGUUCCAGGACGCCUUCCAGACCCGCCAAGAAUCGGGACUCUGCGUCCAAGGUAGGCGGCGCCAGAAAGAAGCUCAACGCUUCCCGUUCCGCCAGCAAUGAGCCGGGCUGGCCCUCUUCCAAGGUAUGCCCGCCAUGGCAGCACCUUGAAUGGACCAUUCUCGUACAGAUCCUUGAGUACGCUUCAUCUCCGCUGGAAACCAAGGAGGACACCCGCUGGCUUCUCUCAGCUGGUCUUACCUGCAAGCUCUUCUUGGGCCCGGCGCUCAAAGCCUUGUACAGGCGUCCAAUACCUAUCCUGUCCAUGAACAUGGCCAACAAAUUUGCCGCCCUCAUGCACAACCUUGCGGAGAAUCACGCUGCGGCCAAGGAGCGAGACGAUCACAGGCGUACCAUGGUCGAAUCUCUUGUCGUCAGCGUCACCACUCUCUCGACAUCCAAGCCCUUCGACCUCGGGGAGCUCAUCCAGCUCCUCCCUAGCCUUUCUCACCUCGAGCUCUAUCAUGAGUUUGAUCUGCCGCCUUAUCGGCAACUGGAUUCCAAGAGCAAGAAGUGGACAUACUCCCAGGCGCUAGUCAGCGCGCUCAGAUCGGCCGGCGAUGCGGGUGCUUUCAUGAGACUCAAGUCGUGGAGGUGGAGCGAGAGGAUGAUGGACCGCGAUGUGGUAUCGCCCGAACAGAUGAAGAGCAUUCAUCAGUGGCCGACCUUCUCGCAGCUGCGUGAGGUCGCCUUCGUCAAUUUUCAGGUCCCGUCCCUGAAGGAGAACAAGGAUCCAACCGAUCCCGACGUGUUCGAGGCUGAUAAAAACUUCAUCAGUUGCAUUUCCGAAUCUCUGCAGCCUCUGGAAUGCCUGAAGCAUCUCAAGAUGGAGUCGUCGACAGUUGUCGAUGGACAAUUCCUUUCUCUGCUACCCAAGACGAUUGAGCACCUAGAGAUUGUCAACUGCUGGGAACUGACGGCAGAGAUGCUGUCCGAGUAUUUAUUCACGCACGGCCGAAAUAUCCGUAGACUGACCCUGCAUCACAACCAGUCCCUCAGUCUUGCUUUCCUGCCAUUCUUGGCUGGCUCCUGCCCACAGCUGCGCGAGUUGAGCAUGCACCUAACUUACUAUGCUCACCACGAAUACUACAAUGAUUCGGAUCCUUUCUACGAAACGCUCCUCACCGUCACCGACGUCCCGGCCUGGCCUCAAACGAUUGAGGUUAUCGAUCUGGAGCAGCUGGCCAAAUGGGACGCCGCCACGGCCGAGAUGUUCUUUCAGAGCUUCGUCGACCAGGCACCACAGAUGCCCAGACUGAGAUGUUUGGCCGUAAAGGCCAUGCUUGAUGUUCCAUGGCGCCAACGCUGCGAAUUUCGCGACAGAUGGGUCGGCAGGCUGCGGAGAGUAUUCUUGCGGAAGCAGACCAAGCCUCAACCAUAUCAUUCCUUGGUCCAGUGGCCCUCGCUGAAUGGAGGACCGGCUGCCCAAGAGGCAACUACGGACGUGGAAGCUUCCACAGUGGACGCGCCCACCCGGCGAAGUACUCGCAUUGCCACCCAUGUCGCAGCCCCGGCUCCACUCCCUGUUGAGACCAACCAGGAAGAUAGGCGCAAAAGGAAGCGAACCGCAGGUGUAGCGCGAGAUCUCAGGAGGCCGAAGCGUGUGGCGAUUUCUUACAGGGAUCCUGACACGGACGAAGACCUUGAUCUGUUGGAGCCCGAGGAGAGUGAGGAAGAGGAACCUGAGGAGCCGUCGCCGCCGUCAACGCCGCCAGAAUCACCGCCGUCACCGGGCGAGGAUGUGCCGUUCGUGCAUGGCCUGUGCGACGUGGUCAACAUCCGCUUCGACAACCAGAAACCAAGAGAGUUCCAGCUUGGAAUGGAGGACUUCCUCGACGAAGAAGAGCACGAGUCGGACGAUGACGAGUGGACCUCGGAUCGCGACAGAGAUGAUGAUUCGGAUGUAUAUGCUUGGUAG